AUGGUGCGAUUACGUGGUUUGCGUCUUCUUACCGUUCUAAAUUGUGAACGACGAUUCCUGUCUUCCUCGUCUCAUUGGAAUGCUGAAAUCGCCAAAGAUGCACCUAAACCAACUCCAAUCGGCACGCCCUACUCAAAGCUAACCAUUGGAACACCGAAAGAAGUGUAUUUCAACGAGAAAAGAGUUGCCAUUACUCCUGAAAACACAGCACUGCUAUUGAAGAAAGGAUUUAAACAAGUCCUUGUUCAGUCUGGAGCUGGUUCUGCUGCUGAAUUCUCGGACUCGGCUUAUGUCAAAGCAGGAGCAACAAUUGUGCCUUCUUCUGAGAAUGUAUAUCAGUCAGACAUUGUACUGAAGGUGCGACCUCCACAAGAUGUUGCUGGUGUCUCGGAAGUCACUCAGAUCAAGGAGGGAACUACCUUGAUCUCAUUCUUGUAUCCAUCUUUGCCAACGUCAAAAGAUGUGAUUGAGAAAAUGGCAGCCAGAAAAUUGACAGCUUUUUCAAUGGAUUCUAUUCCAAGAAUCUCGCGUGCUCAAGUCUUUGACGCGCUAUCAUCCAUGGCUAAUAUUGCCGGAUACAAGGCAGUCCUAGAAGCAGCUAACCACUUCGGAAGAUAUUUUACUGGACAAAUAACUGCCGCCGGAAAGAUACCACCUUGUAAAGUCUUGGUAAUUGGUGCUGGUGUGGCAGGUUUGAGUGCUGUCGUCACGGCUCGUCGUCUUGGUGCUAUUGUACGAUGUUUUGAUACACGACCUCCUACUCGAGAACAAGUUCAAUCUCUUGGGGCCGAAUUCUUGGAAGUCGACUUGAAAGAAGAUGGGUCAGGAACGGGGGGUUAUGCUAAAGAAAUGUCGAAAGAGUUCAUAGAAGCUGAAAUGGCUCUGUUUGCUGCUCAAUGUAAAGAAGUAGAUGUUGUCAUUACCACUGCCUUGAUUCCAGGAAAGCGAGCUCCCAUCCUCAUUACUAAAGCUAUGGUUGAAUCAAUGAAGCCAGGAAGUGUAGUAGUAGAUUUGGCCAGUGAGAAUGGUGGAAACUGUGAAGUGACCAAGCCAGGCUCUCUGUACAAGUACGGUGAAGUCACAAUCAUUGGAUACACGGACUUUCCUUCUCGCCUACCAACACAGAGUUCAACUCUCCUCUCAAAUAAUAUUACCAAAUUCUUAUUGUCUAUCGGUGAUGGCAAGAGCAACUUUAACAUCAAUCUUGAAGAUGAAGUAGUUCGAGGAUCAAUAGUAUUACAGAACGGUAAACUCUUAUAUCCACCUCCACGACCAGCUGCUCCUCCACAAGCCCCUGCUAAAAUAGAAGUCAAGGAAACAAAGGUUGAGCCUGUAGAGUUGACACCAUGGCAGAAACGAUCGUAUGAUGUCGCAGCUGUGACUGCAGGAAUGACUUCUCUGGCAGUCAUCGGCAAGUUUGCUCCUGUUGCGUUGAUGACUUCUGCUUCCACUUUUGGUUUGGCCUCAAUCAUUGGAUACCGUCUUGUCUGGGGUGUCAUUCCUGCUCUUCAUUCUCCUCUUAUGUCGGUGACAAAUGCUAUAUCUGGUCUGGUUGGAGUUGGUGGCAUGUUUGUAAUGGGCGGUGGUUACCUGCCUCAUACAGUUCCUCAAGUCCUCGCGGCUUCUUCAGUCAUGAUUGCUAUGGUGAACGUCUCUGGUGGAUUUAUUAUAUCGCAACGCAUGCUUGACAUGUUCCGACGAUCUACAGAUCCACCAGACUAUCUCUACUUAUACGCUGUCCCUGCUGCUGCUUUCACAAGUGCUUUUGUUUAUGCGUCUGCUACUGGAGCCCCAGGUCUAGUUAGUGCCGGAUAUCUAGCCUCAUCUCUUCUUUGUAUAUCAUCUCUACAAGGCCUCGCUUCUCAAGAAACUGCACGAAGAGGAAACGCUUUGGGCAUGUUGGGUGUAGGAACAGGAAUCGUGUCGGCUCUAUCUGGUGUCGGAUGGGCUGCACCAGUAUUCGCACAGUUCGCUGGAGUCACUGCUAUUGGUGGUGCAGUUGGUGCAUUCCUUGGUCGACGAGUCACUCCAACAGAGUUACCCCAAACUGUUGCUGUGCUUCACUCAUUUGUCGGUCUUGCCGCUGUACUCACAAGUGUUGCCAGUUACAUGAUUCAUCCUACCGGUGCUCUCCAUCUGACUACUGCAUAUUUGGGAACAUUGAUUGGUGGUAUCACCUUCACUGGAUCUCUAGUUGCAUUCGGCAAAUUGCAAGGAAUUCUGUCUUCCAAACCUUUACAUCUUCCUGGUCGUAAUUUGAUAAAUGUUGCGAUGGCUGCUGCCAAUGUUGGAAUCAUGGGCUACUUUUUGACAGGUGUUAGUCCAACCGUCGGCCUGGCCUGCUUGGCUGCCAAUACUGCUCUCAGUUUCUUACAAGGAUGGCAUACCACAGCGUCUAUUGGAGGAGCGGAUAUGCCCGUCGUGAUAACUGUAUUGAACUCAUACUCAGGUUGGGCUCUGGUUGCUGAAGGUUUCAUGUUGGGAAACGAUUUGUUGACUACUGUUGGUGCUCUCAUUGGUGUCUCUGGUGGAAUUCUCUCAUAUAUCAUGUGUAGGGCCAUGAACCGGUCUCUGCUCAGUGUACUCUUUGGAGGUUAUGGAACAGCUGCACCAUCAGCUGCAUCUGCAAAAAUUACUGGCACCGCUACAGAAUGCAAUGCGGACGAAGCUGCUGAUAUGUUGGCUAAUGCUGAGCGAGUCAUUAUUACUCCUGGAUACGGUUUGGCUGUUGCCAAAGCCCAAUAUGCUGUCUCUGAUAUGGUCAAACUCUUGCGAGACAAUAAGAUUGAUGUCAAAUUCGGAAUCCAUCCUGUCGCCGGAAGAAUGCCAGGUCAAUUGAAUGUGCUACUCGCUGAAGCUAAUGUGCCAUACGACAUUGUGCAUGAAAUGGAUGAAAUCAAUGAUGACUUUACUGACACAGAUGUAACACUGGUUGUUGGCGCCAAUGACACAGUAAAUCCUAUUGCUCUCGAACCAAACAGUGUUAUCGCCGGCAUGCCGGUCUUGCACGUUUGGAAGUCCAAGCAAGUCAUUGUCAUGAAGAGAUCACUUGCAGCUGGUUAUGCAGAUGUGCCCAAUCCGCUUUUCUACAAUCCAAACACCAGAAUGUACUUUGGAGAUGCCCGAAGCAGUAUGGACGCGCUCAAGCAAGCAGUCGAAAAGGCACUUGCUGCCAAAAAAUAA